CCGCGCGAGGCCGUCGCACUACCGAGCGGAGAGGAUCCGACGGGAGGCAGCGAGACGGAAUGCACGGGACCGCCGGCGACCGCCCAGAGUGGAUCGUACGAGGCGCGCGGGGAAGGAGAGCAGGGCAGCGCGGGCGGAGUUCCGGGCUUCGGGGGAUCGGCGGGGAGGGGUUCCGGGGUCCGCGGCCUGGGGAAGGAAGCACGUGAAAGGGGAAUGACGUUCCUCCCAUCCGUCCUCCGUCGCGCACUCGGUGUCGCGGGGAGCCGCCAUGGCCAGCCCUACAUAUAUGCCAUGCUCGCCCAGCCAGAUCCCGCACACUCCCCUAUCAGCCUUCGCGCCCUCUCCCACACACCACCACCUCCUCGAUAACACCCACCAUGGUCGCAGGCGUGCAGAUCCACUCAACACAGGCGCAGGAGGCCCAGCAGCAGAUCCUCACUGAGGACGCGCUCAAGUUCCUUGCUGCUCUCCACAGGACAUUCGAGUCCACCCGUCAGAGCCUCCUCGUUGCCCGCGAGACUGUGCAGCUGCGUCUCGAUGCAGGCCAGCAGCUCGACUUCCCCUCCGAGACCGCGCACAUCCGCGCCGACCCCUCUUGGAUCUGUGCCCCGCCCGGCCCCGGUCUGGAGGACAGGAGAGUGGAGAUCACCGGUCCCACCGACCGCAAGAUGGUCAUCAACGCGCUCAACAGCGGCACGAAGACGUUCAUGGCCGACUUCGAGGACGCGAACUCUCCCACCUUGGCGAACAUGCUGAACGGCCAGGUGAACCUGCGCGACGCGAUUCGCCGGCAGAUCGACUUCGAGUCGGGCGGGAAGUCGUACAAGCUCAAGGAGAACCCCGCGGUGCUGAUUGUCCGGCCCCGUGGAUGGCACUUGGACGAGCCGCGUGUUACCGUCGACAACCAGCCCAUGUCUGGCUCCCUCUUCGACUUCGCGCUGUACUUCUUCCACAAUGCGCACGAGCUCAUCAAGCGCGGGUCCGGCCCGUACUACUACCUCCCGAAGAUGGAGCACUACCUCGAAGCGCGUCUCUGGAACGACGUCUUCAACUUCUCGCAGUCCUACAUUGGCCUGCCCCACGGCAUUAUCCGCGCGACCGUCCUCAUCGAGACACUCCCCGCGGCAUUCCAAAUGGAGGAGAUUCUCUUCGAGCUCCGCACACACUCAGCAGGUCUUAACUGCGGUCGUUGGGACUACAUCUUCAGCUUCAUCAAGCGGCGUCGUGCUGACCGCGCCGCUGUGCUACCCGACCGCAAGGACGUCACCAUGGAGGUCACCUUCAUGGACUCAUAUGUUCGCCUGCUCAUACAGACCUGCCACAAACGCCGCGUAGCCGCCAUGGGAGGUAUGUCCGCGCAGAUCCCCAUCAAGAACGACCCUAAGGCGAACGAGAUCGCGAUGGCCAAGGUCCGCGCAGACAAGCUGCGCGAGGUCACUAACGGCCACGACGGCACCUGGAUCGCACACCCGCUCAUCAACGGAAUCGCGAUGGAGGUCUUCAAUGAGCACAUGCUCGGCCCCAACCAGUACCACAUCCGGCGGGAAGACGUCCGCGUCGCAGCCGCCGACCUCCUCAACACGAAGGUCCCAGGCGUAGUCACCCUCGAGGGUGUGCGCUCGAACGUCGCGACGUCGCUCGCGUACAGCGCGGCGUGGCUCGGCGGGAACGGCUGCAUCCCGCUCAACUGGCUCAUGGAGGACGCGGCGACGGCGGAGAUCACGCGCAUCCAGCUCUGGCAGUGGGUCAAGUACGGCAUCCGCGUCUCUGACUCGGGCGAGGUCAUCACGGCGGCGUGGAUCGACGGGCUCGUGGACGAGAUCGCGCCUACGCUGAAGAGCGCGGCGGUCACGGAGGAGAACCUAGGCAUCGUCGCAAAGUACUUGAAGGCGCAGGUGCGCAAGGAGUGGCCGAGCGAGUUCCUGACGAGCGACUUGAUGGGCUACCUCGCGGUCCGGGACGGGUGCCCUGCGCAGUGGCAGCGGAGCGUGCUCUGAGCGGCCUGGGGGAGCGCUUUGGACGGUCUUGUAUGAUUAUUUCUCGGAUCGGGGUCUACACUGUACUUUAGCAUCACGUCACUAAAAGCAGCGAUUCUCUCAAACGCAGCCUCGCUUAG